UCUACACUUCAGUCACUCAAAGUCACGCGUUGUGUAAAGUGCACGAAAUGUUGCAUCGCGAAAAUAAACAAAACUGAUUUGAUUAGAUAAAAAACCUUAAUUUUUAAUGGUUUUUGUAUCAAAAUAAGUUUACUAUCGCACAUUUCUCUGGCGAGAAAGUAAGUCGCGCAUAUAUCGUGUUUCUUGGUAGUGUAGGUACAUAUUUAAGUGUUAGAUUUGAAGUGAACUUUAUUCAAUUGUGUUAAGGUAUAAAUUACUCAGUGUGUGUAGGCAACAAGAACUGUUAUGUUCGCGGUCAUUGACCAUCAUGGUCAAAGCGAAUCGUUUUGCGGACUGAAGAUUGAGCUGUUAAGGCGAUAUCAGAUGUCAAGAGGAAAGUCAAAGGCUCAAGAAAUAUGUUGACUACGUAGACUGCGGCAAGACUAGCAAUGGAUGAAUUAACGAAGCCCUCGCAAAGCGCAAUGUCCCUUUUUUGGAUUAUUUGUGGGCUGUCAGCCAUCGACGCUCUGAAAAUAGUCAUCGAACCGCUGCCUAAAGAUCAUGUUCGUGAAUUUACAUGCGGACCUCUUUACUACAGAACCUUCUUUAUGGACUCCAAACGAGAUGCACUUUAUGUCGGCGCUAUGGACCGAUUGUUUCGUCUGAAUAUGAACAAUAUUAGUUCGUCACAUUGUGAUAGGGAUUCUAUUAAUUUGGAGCCCAGCAACGUCGCUCAAUGCGUGUCUAAAGGAAAAUCAGAGCACUUCGAUUGCCGUAACCACGUGCGCGUGAUUCAGCCGAUGGGCGACGGCUCGCGGCUCUACGUGUGCGGCACCAACGCCCACAGCCCCAAAGACUGGGUCUUAUACUCGAACUUGACACACCUGCCGCGACACGAGUACGUGCCGGGUAUCGGCAUGGGCAUUGCUAAAUGUCCCUACGACCCGGCGGAUAACUCGACCGCGCUGUGGGUGGAGAGAGGCAACCCCGGUUCCUUGCCAGCGCUCUACUCCGGCACCAACGCUGAGUUCACCAAAGCGGAUACUGUCAUCUUCAGAACAGAUCUACACAAUUUGACAACUGGACGACGAGAGUUCUCCUAUAAGCGAACACUGAAAUAUGACUCCAAAUGGUUGGACAAACCGAACUUCGUUGGUUCAUUCGACGUUGGCGAGUACGUGUUAUUCUUCUUCCGUGAAACUGCAGUAGAAUACAUUAACUGCGGGAAAGCAGUGUAUUCCCGAGUCGCCCGCGUCUGCAAGCGUGACACUGGCGGCAAGAACAUACUCAACCAGAACUGGGCGACAUAUCUCAAGGCGAGGUUGAAUUGCAGCAUACCGGGAGAGUUCCCUUUCUACUUCAAUGAGAUACAGAGUAUCUACAAAGUUCCUGGAGAUGAUAGCCGCUUUUAUGGAGUAUUUACAACUGCAUCCACUGGCUUGAUGGGCUCUGCGAUAUGUACAUUCACUAUUGGUGACAUCCAGAAAGCUUUCGAGGGGAAGUUUAAAGAACAGGCCACAUCCAGCUCUGCGUGGUUGCCUGUCAUCAGCAGCAGGGUGCCGGAACCGAGACCUGGAACUUGUGUCAAUGAUACGUCAUCAUUACCCGACACAGUACUUAAUUUUAUCAGAUCACAUCCACUAAUGGACAGUGCAGUGUCACACGAGAAUGAGAAGCCGAUCUACUACAAGCGAGACUUAUUCUUCACAAGACUAGUUGUUGACAAAGUGAGGGUUGACAUGCUGGGACACCAGCUCGAAUACACCGUGUAUUACGCCGGCACAAACGAGGGCAAGAUUCAUAAGAUCGUGCAAUGGACUCGCAAUGGAGACAAUCAAUCGGCGUUAUUGGACAUAUUCGACGUGACGCCCGGAGAACCGAUUCAGGCGAUGGCGUUAUCCCGCGCGCACGGCUCUUUGUACGCUGCGUCGGACCGACGCGUGUUGCAGCUACGCUUGGCCCUAUGUGCGCGCCGCUAUGACGCGUGCGUGCGCUGCGCCCGCGACCCGUACUGCGGCUGGGACAGAGACGCCGCCGUCUGCCGCGAAUAUGUGCCCGGAUUGAUACAAGACGUUGCUAACGAAACGGCGGACAUUUGCGACUCUUCGAUAUCCCGUAAGAGCGUAUCAGCGACGUGGGGCCAGAGCCUGCACCUCGGCAGCUUCGUCAAGAUGCCGGAGGUCCUGCAGCCGCGCGCUAUCACUUGGUACCACUACUCUAAGGACAAGGGACGCCAUCCUAUUACAUUUAACAAACCAGAGAAAUACAUAGAGACUUCAGAGCACGGCUUGCUUAUCAUAUCUGUGAACGAGGGAGAUGCAGGUAGAUACGACUGUUGGCUCGGAGGAUCUCUGCUCUGCUCCUACAACAUCACCGUUGACACUCAUCGAUGUUCACCUCCAGAAAAGAGCAAUGAAUAUCAAAAGAUUUAUUCGAAUUGGUGUCAUGAAUUCGAAAAAUACAAAACCGCUAUGAAGACAUGGGAAAGAAAACAAGAGCAAUGCGCUCGUCAGAAUGACUCGAAUCAGAAUACGCAUCCAAACGAAAUAGUGUGAUAGCUCCUGAACAUCGCCUAUCUCAUGUUCCAGUCGGUUAAUUACUAUGCAGGAGCGAUCCCUGUUCCCUAUCUAUCCGCCGGCCUCAAAUACUUCAAUAUAUUCUCGUGAGAAAAUCCGUCAACAAUCCGCUCCAAUAUAAAGUGAUUUAACCAAUUCAAAGAUUUUAUUCAAGCUAAAUAGUGCUAAAACUCAAAAUAUAUUACAUUCAGUGACUUUAUAAACUAACCAAAUGUGCAUCGACUUCAUGAGAAGGUGAUUUGUUGAAAAAAUGGACAAUUGAAAUUGUAAUUGAGCGUCUUAUAGUAGAUGGAUUAUAGUGGUCAGUUUAAACUUUGUUCUUUGGAUAAGGUAGAGAUUUAGGUAACUGGUGAAUUACUGACGUAAUAAGUGUUGUAAAUUCUAUAAUAAGUGCUUUAUUUACAACAAAAAGCAGAGACAUAUUUCCAUUUUUAUAAAACAGAUAAUCAACAUUUCGUAAGUUUUAUAUAAUGAAUGAAUUGUUAACUUCCUAGAUUUCUGUUUGAAUAAAAUCUCUAGUGAUAGGAAAGGUAAUGCAAUACAGUAGUGUGUUAUGGUCCUAUGUUAUAUGAAUAGGGAUAUUAUAAAUUUGAUAUCAGAUCAUUUUAAAAGCUCAGAGUACCUGUGUACUGAGAGAAUAAGAUACGUAAGCGUGACGUGUCGCUUGUGACGUCACUGCGUGGCCGCCAUUCUAAAUCUCCGAGGGUUGUGGGAGGGUAUGCCUCAUUAUUUUCCCCUAUAUGUGUAAAUAGUUAACCCUGAUUUCGAUCUACCUAUUAAAGUAAGUACUUAUAGGAUGCACGUCCUUAAUUAUAAUGAAUAUAAGUUAAGCCUGUGAUAUAUAAACAAAUUUGGUUAGAUAUGUUAAUUUUUAAGUCGAUGU